CCGGUGGGUCCCGCUAGCGGCGCCAUGCUGACCGAGAGGGUCGGUGUGGUGCCGAUUCUGCGCGCCGGACUGGGGAUGACCGAUCCAGUGCUGCGUAUGCUGCCCGGGGCUGAGGUCUGGCACCUGGGCCUGUACCGCAACGAGGAAACCCUGGAGCCGGUGGAGUACUACCAGAAACUACCGCCGGGUAAGCCGGUGGAGGUGGCGUUGGUAGUCGACCCGAUGCUGGCCACCGGCGGCUCGGCGACCGCAGCGCUGGCGGCGGUCGAGCGCUGGGGGGUGCCCGGGGUCAAGCUGCUGACGCUGAUUUCGGCGCCUGAGGGCAUUACCCGCGUCGAGGCCGAGCAUCCCGAGGUGCAGAUCUACACUUGCGUGAUCGAUCAGCGGCUCGACGAGCGCGGUUAUAUCGUGCCGGGGUUGGGAGGCGGGGAUCGGUUGUUCAACACGGUCGGGUAUUGA